UUAUCGUACUCAAAACUGCAGUCUGUUCGUUUGGACAGUGUACUGAAUGGGCCAGGCUGCAGAACAGAUUUCUUUGUUUGAUGAUGGUUCGGCCGCUUCCUGUCACUAUAAAAAUGUUCCUCGCAUAACAACAUUACGCAUGCAAUGUGACUCGCACUUGCGAUUCAUUUAACCCAUAAUAUUGAACGACUUGGUGCUGGUAUUGCCAGGUUGAAAAGGUCCCUUUCAGUUAACUAACCCACCUUUCGCCAAACAACAAAUUUCAAAUACCAUUCACCACCGUCGGAAACCCUCACACAGGAUGCCCGCGCAGAGGCCUCGCGCUGCCUUCGAACCCUUAUCACCGGAUCUAGAUGUUCAGGAUUUGGUCAAGUCAACACCAAACUUUGAACACGCUGUGAGGAUUCAUUGCGAUGCGAUUGAUGAACAUGGCCUGGAAGAUUUUGAAAAGCUCGUCUUACUACACGUUAUUGUCAGGGGGUUGCCUCUUGUUGUUGAAGGGUUUAACAAAAAACUCGACAAUUCCAUUUUUUCCGAGAUUUGGCUGAGAAGUCACUAUUCAAAGAAAGAAGAGUGUGCUCGAGACCUGACUGCGAAAAAAGACGUCCCCCUCACUAUUGGACAUUAUCUUAAGAAUAUGCCGCUUCUUGCAAAUCAAUGGAAUAGCCACAAUUACAAAAACACUGAUCUUCAGAGGCUAUAUCUCAAGGAUAUUGAUUGUCCAAAGAUUUGGCACGACCAAUUGAAGAAGAUCAUACCUCCCUCCUUGUUCUACCUGAACGAAACUCCAGAGCCUUUCCAAGGCCCAGGAGCUCAGAGUGCUUCAUCUUGUGAGGCAUACGGCGCUUCGGGUCGGCGGAUAGCAAAAGCAGGCGAUCUAAUGGGCUGCCUUCCACAAAGCAUGCGCGCAGAGAAUUUGAUGUGCUAUAUUGGCCAUGAGGGCACCUACACACCCGCACACCAAGAGAUGUGUGCUAGUCUUGGUCAUAAUAUAAUGGUGGAAGCGUCAGAUGGUUCGACCGAGUAUGGCAAGGCCACCAAGCCAGGGUCGUCUAUCUGGUUCAUGACCAGCAGCAAGGAUCGUAAACUCGUGUCAGAAUAUUGGAUGUCUAUACUGGGCCAUGACAUUGACCUUGAGGAUCACUUUGCGCAGAUUAACGCAUGGAAAGCUGCACCAUUUACAACAUAUCUAGUUGAGCAACGCCCGGGCGAUUUCAUCCUUGUACCUCCUUUAGCGGCACACCAAGUAUGGAACCGGGGGACGCGAACAAUGAAGGUUGCAUGGAACCGAACAACAGUAGAAACACUUGAAAGGGCUCUAAAUGAAGCAUUGCCACACGCGAGGAUGGUCUGUCGAGACGAGCAGUAUAAGAAUAAAGCCAUAGUGUUUUAUACACUGAAGCAUUAUUCAACACUGUUGGCUGAAAUUGACGAUGUCACUAUCGGUCAUCCAAGGGUUCAGCAGCUGCAGGGUGAUUUUGAACUGUUGUUUGCUCUAUUUAACCAAAUUCUACUUUCUGAAUCCUUUACCCUUGAUAAAAAAGAGAGGAACGUCGAAUAUGUGCCUUUUGACAGCACUAUCACAUGUUCGUAUUGCCGAGGAAACAUCUUCAACCGAUUUUUAACAUGCCCGUGGUGUCCGAAAUCUCUCACAGGACAAGAUGAGCCUUAUGAUAUUUGCAUGGAAUGUUAUGUCAUGGGCCGAAGCUGUGCUUGUAUCUCCAGGUUAAAGUGGGUCGAACAAUUCAAAUGGACAGAGCUCACGGGGAAACAUGAAAUAUGGAGGCAGCAAUUAAUACAAUCCAACCCUCAUCUUGGAGAUAAAUACCGGUCUUUCCAGAUCGAAAGGGCUGAGUUGGAAAGGAAUAGUCUUGCCCAGAUAUGUCAGGAGCAAAUGAAGAAGCGCCCCUGGGUUGAUAUCACCAAGCCGGUCGUUGCGAAAGUUGCUGAGGAGCCUACUGACCCUGAAAACACUACCGCGCCCCGAAAACGAAGGAAAACGGGCCGCAGUGACAAGCCAAAGGAAAAAGAACCUCGUUGCCAUAUCUGCAAGUGCGUUGAGCCUGCCUGGAAACUUGCAUCGUGCUCUAAAUGCCCUUUGAAGUAUUGUUAUGGCAGCCUGUUCAGAGCCAUGAAUAUGCACCCGCAGGAAGUUCUAGAGACGAAGAACUGGGAGUGCCCCAAGUGUAGAAAGUUCUGCAGCUGCGGUGCGUGCCGUAAGAAUCCCAAGAUGACCCCACUCGAACCAACGUCUACUUUACUCGGGCAUGAUACAAGCAAGAUUGCGGAUCCCCGUAGCGUGGAGAGCCUAGUUGACUUGCGGCAUUCAAAUCUCGGGUGGCUGAAGAAGGCUGCGAAUGACGAUAUAGGGCGCCUGGAAAAGCAUCAAAAAGAGGCAGAGGAAAGGUGCCACCAAGCUUUGGUUGAUAACUCCAUCCAGUUGGAGUGUUUCCCUGAGAUACGCGAGUCUACUGAUUAUAGUGAGUUAGAGAGGGUUGCGCAAGCCGCAUUUUACUCCAGCGACUACUCGGACAUGCCAAUAGAUCCUGCAUUGGAAAGUUCGAUCCUCACUCAUGCAGAUUCCUGGGUUCAAUGAAAAUUUCCAAAGAGUGAAUUGGAUCUACGGGCUACGAAUAAUUCAUUGUAAGCCUUGUUGAGUCGAGGCGGGAGCCAACGAUAACGUUUUGAUCAAUUUUAACUAGGAAUAGUUAUAAGUCAUAAUUACACACCGUCACCCUGGUGUGUGUAUUAACAAGACAAUGAAAUGAAUCCCUAGAACUUCCAGAGUUAGAGUCGUCAUAAUCUUGGGAAUUGCAA